CAUUGAUCAUGUGACCAAGUAUUUAAAAGGAAGGCACCUUUUCAUGGACUCUGUGAAGAGUGGACAUCAUGCCUCAUGUACAAGCAGGGGAGCCACCACUGAUGUUCUUGAAAGAGCCACCAGUGAAGUGAGAGAAGGGAAGUCUAUUGGAGCAGCAGCAAAGGAUGCCAAAAUAUACAGAAUGACACUGACGAGCCCUGUAGGUGAGUGAUGCCGCCGGCGUCCAGCUGUGACUGCCCCCACCUGGACUGCGUGGGGGAGAUCACUAAGGAGGAACUUAUUCAGAAAUCCCAUGGCCAAUGCCAAGACUGUAAAGUUGGAGGACCAAAUUUGUGGGCGUGUUUAGAGAAUGGCUGCGCGUAUGUAGGCUGUGGAGAAUCUCACACUGACCACAGCACUGUGCACUCGCAGGAGACGAGGCACAACCUCACGGUGAACCUGACCACGCUUCGAGUGUGGUGCUACGCCUGUGGCAAGGAGGUUUUCCUGGAGCGUAAACUAGGUCCUCACUCUCCCCACGCAAACACCAAACCCCUCCCCUCUCCACAGAAUGCUGGUCAGGAUAACAGCAGGGCCCCUGGGAGCCCGACCUCUCUGAGAGUGCCCCCUAAUGGAGGCUGCGAAGACCUGGACAUGGAGACAGAGGAGGAGGAUGAGCUGCGUGCGAGAGGCCUGACAGGGCUGAAGAACAUAGGCAACACCUGCUACAUGAACGCUGCCCUCCAGGCCCUGUCCAACUGCCCGCCCUUGACACAGUUCUUUCUUGAAUGUGGCGGCAUGGUGAGGACGGACAAGAAGCCCGCGCUCUGCAAAAGCUACCAGAAGCUAGUGUCCGACCUGUGGCACAAGAACAGAGUCUCCUACGUGGUCCCAACCAACUUGUUCCAGGGGAUCAAAGCCAUAAACCCCAUGUUUAGAGGGUAUUCUCAGCAGGACUCCCAGGAGUUUCUCCGCUGCUUGAUGGAUCAACUUCACGAGGAGCUGAAGGAGCCGCUGCCCGAACCCUACGACCAGUCCAGCGGCAUCACCGUGGACGACGGCCACGAGGAGGACAACCGCAGUCAGUCAGACAACGACUUCCAGUCAUGCGAGUCGUGCGGUAGCAGCGACCGGGCCGAUAACGAGGUGCAGGGCGGGAAUGUGCUAAUAGAAGACACCAAUGAGGCCGAGAUGCUUAUUCCUGAGCAAGAUGAGAUCCAGGCCAACAGGGAGUGGCAGAAGGAGAAGAAUAUGAUCAAUGACUUUUACCGCUCCGGAGUUAAUGGAGUUAUGGGUGGUAGCACUGGAGUGGACAUGGACAAAGAUGUUGACACUACCACUGAAGCCACACCAAUUAUCAGCAGCCAGGGAGCCAUCAAGGUUCAAGGCAGAACAACAGAUUCCUUCCCAGACAUCCAAAUGUCAACCAACAACAGACCACAGAGUCCAGUCCCGAUGGAGGGACACAUUCCCAAAAUGUCCAGCAGCCCGCCCAAGGCUGCCUCAGGCUGGCCCAGCCUAAACCCUGCACACAAGAAAGCAGUGACCACAUUCUCCCCACCAAAGAACAAGCGGCAGAAGAAAUACCGCAGCGUCAUCUCAGAUGUGUUCGAUGGGACCAUUGUGAGCUCGGUUCAGUGCCUCACCUGUGAUCGGGUGUCUGUGACCCUGGAGAACUUCCAGGAUAUCUCAUUGCCCAUCCCGGGGAAGGAAGACCUGGCCAAGCUCCACUCCUCCACCCACCAGACCUCCUUGGUUAAAGCCGGCUCCUGUGGGGAAGCUUAUGCACCGCAGGGCUGGAUUGCAUUUGUCAUGGAAUACAUAAAGAGUUGGUUCUGGGGUCCAGUGGUUACACUACAAGACUGUCUUGCAGCUUUCUUUGCCAGAGAUGAACUAAAGGGAGACAACAUGUACAGCUGUGAAAAAUGCAAGAAAUUACGAAAUGGCGUCAAAUUUUGUAAAAUGCAAAGUUUGCCAGAGAUCCUGUGUAUCCACUUAAAGCGCUUCAGACACGAGCUGAUGUUCUCCACCAAGAUAAGCACCCACGUCUCCUUCCCGCUCGAGGGCCUGGACCUGCAGCCCUUCCUGGCCAAGGACAGCUCCGCCCAGACCUCCAACUAUGACCUGCUGUCAGUCAUCUGUCACCACGGCACUGCCAGCAGUGGCCACUACAUAGCGUACUGCAGGAAUGAUGUGAACAAUCUGUGGUAUGAAUUUGAUGACCAAAGUGUGACUGAGGUGUCUGAGUCCUGCGUCCAGAAUGCUGAGGCUUAUGUGCUCUUCUACAAAAAGAGUAACGAGGAUGCACUGAAAGAACGUAGGAGGGUGUCGGGUUUAUUCAGCAUGAUGGAGCCCAGCCUCCUGCAGUUCUACAUCUCCCGCCAGUGGCUAAACAAGUUCAAGACCUUUGCUGAACCGGGCCCCAUCUCCAACGACGACUUCCUGUGUUCGCAUGGAGGCGUGCCACCCAACAAAGCAACAUUCAUCGACGACCUGGUGGUAAUGCUGCCACAGAACGUGUGGGAUCACCUUUACAGCAGGUACGGAGGGGGACCAGCUGUCAACCACCUGUACGUUUGCCACACGUGCCAGAUCGAGAUAGAAAAACUGGAGAAACGACGCAAGUCAGAGCUGGACAUGUUCGUCAGGCUGAACAAGGCGUUCCAGGAGGAGGAGUCUCCAGUGGUCAUAUACUGCAUCAGCAUGCAGUGGUUUCGUGAGUGGGAGGGCUUUGUCAAAGGAAAAGACAAUGAUCCGCCGGGACCCAUUGAUAAUUCCAAGAUUACAGUGAACAAGAAUGGCCAUUUAACACUCAAACAAGGCGCUGACUCAGGGCAGAUCUCCGAAGAGACGUGGAACUUCCUCCACUCGAUCUACGGUGGCGGUCCACUGGUGACGGUUCGGCCAAACAUCAGCCACCAGGAAGCAGAAUCGUCACAGUCGGAGGAGAAGAUCGAGGUGGAGACACGCUCCAUCUAA